CUGCCUGCACUAGACCAGUGAUUUUUAUGGUGGUUGAUGUGCAUUUGUUACUCAUAGAAUCAUGUUUCCAAUUAUUAUGCUUCUGGUGGGCAUAUCUGGCCUUACUUUGCCAGUUCAAGCAGUGCCGGGUCUGUUGGAUGACCUUUUCACUCUUGUCGAUGACAUAUAUGACUACACUUUUAAUGAGACAGAAGAACCAUCUUCACCUGAUAUUACUGAUGAAACCAUUGAUUGGAUUUUUGACCUCUUUGAUGAGCCAGACGUGUGUGAUCCAAAUCCCUGUCAGAACAAUGGAGUGUGUGAAAUCAAAGCGAAUGGUGGCUACAAAUGCGUCUGUCCAGAGCCUUACAUUGGCAAAAAGUGUCAGGACGAGAGGAAUUUAUGUAAAAAUGUGAAGUGUGGUAAUGGUGUAUGUGUCAAAACUCAAGAAGCCCCAUUCUACAUAUGCAAGUGCCAGGUCCCCUAUGAGGGCCCUCAAUGCAGGAAACCCUCUGCUUGUAAUCCAAGUCCAUGCCUAAAUGGAGGAACAUGCGUUAAAGGCCGAACAAGAGCCAGCUUUAUGUGUGAAUGUCCACAAAACUACACUGGGAGGUUCUGCCAAGUUGGUCCAAAUGAUUGCUACGAGGGGAAUGGUGAAUCAUACAGAGGUUUUGUCAGUGAGACAGUGGAAGAACUGGAAUGUCUACCCUGGAACUACUAUCGUGUUUCCCAUAAGGAUUUUGAGGGUAAUGAUGGCAUCGGACACCACAGUUACUGCAGAAAUCCGGAUGGAGAUCGGGAACCCUGGUGCUUUGUCAAACAGAAGGGCAAGGUCCGGUGGGACUACUGUAAUGUCAAGCCAUGCCUUAAACAAGAUCCAGUUAAACCCUCCACGACCCCUGCAAAGCUGGAAUUUUCUGGCUGUGGAAAAACUGGUCAGGCUAGUAUGAUAGCUCCAAGGAUAUUUGGUGGGAGGAAGUCCUUGCCUGGAGCCCAUCCCUGGCAGGCCUCGCUUCAGGUACGCCCCGAGGGCUCUAAUGGACACUACACCCACAACUGUGGAGGGACCCUUAUUGAUUCUUGUUGGGUCCUAACUGCAGCUCACUGUAUUGAAGAAGGUGAGGAGAUAAGGGUGGAGCUGGGUGGUGUUAACCUUGAGAGAGAUAACCCUGCAAAGCAGUUUCUGGAGGUGGAGAAAGCCAUUGUUCACGAGAACUACACAGAGACAGCUGAAGCCUUGUAUAAUGAUAUAGCUCUGUUGAAACUGAAGGCAAUAAAUGUACAGUGCGCCAAUGAGACCAGGUCUGUUAAGGCAGCAUGUCUCCCCACCGAUCCAUUCCCUGAUGAAACACAGUGCACCAUAUCAGGAUAUGGGCUCACUGAGAAAGACGAUUCUGCCUCUCCUCAGCUACUGGAUGCGAAGGUUCUCCUGAUCUCUCAGAGACGCUGUAUGUCUCAGAAUAUCUAUGGAAACAGAUUGGAUGAUACCAUGAUGUGUGCUGGGUAUAUGCAGGGAAAGAUUGACUCUUGUCAGGGUGAUUCUGGUGGACCACUGGUUUGUCAGAAAGACCAAAUUCAUUAUGUCUACGGUGUGGUGAGUUGGGGUGACAGCUGCGGAAAGAAGAACAAACCAGGAGUCUAUACUCGCGUCAACAAAUUCAUUGAUUGGAUCAAUGAAAAGAUGCGUUCAGCUUAGGUUUGUGCCUUUUAAAAGGCUUUAAAGGGAUAGUUCAGCAAAAAAUGAAAAUUCUCUCAUUUACUCACUCUCAUGCCAUCCCAGAUGUGUAUGACUUCUGGCAGAUCCAUACAAUGCAAUUGAAUGGUGGCAGGACCCUUGAAGAUCCAAAAAACAUAUUACGGCAGUAUAAAAGUAAUCAAUAAAAUGGCAGUGGUUAAAUCUAUAUCUUCAGAAGCAAUAUGAUGGGUAAGAAACAGAUCAAUGACCAUUUUUUACUACAAAUUCUCCUCCCUACCCAUUAGGUGGCAACAUACACAAAGAAUACCAAUCAUAAAAAAUAAAAAAAAUGCCCAUUUGAUAGUGGAAAUUAAUAGUACAUUUAUGCUGCAUUUAUAAGCUUUUUGAACCUUCAAAGUUCUGGCCAUAAUUCGCUUGCAUUGUAUGGACCAAGAGUUUAGAUAGUCUUCUAAAAAUAUUAAUUUGUGUUAAGCAGAAGACACACAUCUGGGAUGGCAUGAGGGUGAGUAAAUAAGAGAAUUUUCAUUUUGGGGUGAACUCUCUCUUUAAGCUUCAAUGCCAGUACUAAUAGCUGAAAGAGAAGACUUUACAUGAAGAAAAUGAUUUUACAGUCAUUUACAAAUAUAUACAGUACAUGAUCUGCAGUUUACAGUUAUAUGCAGAAUGGGCAGCCAGUACUUUAGAUUAAAAAAAUGUAACCAUCUCAAUUUUAGUGAGCUAUAUUACAGGGCUGAGAAGCACAUGCUUGUGUUUUGCAAAUUACAACAAAAGAAUGAACACUGAAUCAAUUACAAAUGUAAAAUUUUUUACCAUG